UGUAAACAAAAACAUGAUUAACAUUUAAUUAACAUUUAAUUAAAAUUAUUUAAUUAUAAUUAUUUGGUUGGAGAUGAGAGUUUUACAAAUCAUUUCAGGAUUUGCCAUGCUUACCUUUCCAUACUUCCUCCUACAUACCACCUUCGGACUGAAGGAGAAUUUUAAUAAUGGGCGUAUAUUUCGGUCAACGAUGUUUUAUUCACUUCUCUCUCUCAUUUGCAAAAUAUUACUAAUGGCCACGGGGAUUCCUGAACUUUUAGCCAAAUUCCUACUCCCAGAAAAAUUAGUCUUGGCGUUGCUGGAUACCGUUUCACUCGUUGGUAUGAAAUUCGCUCUCACUUCAAAGACGAGUAUGAGUGCGAAAUCGGACCAUAGGGUGACUUGUGUUGGAUUAUCCUGGUCGUUGGUCAAUAGUUUGGGUAACUCUUUGGUAAUAAUUUGGAAGCUUAUUAAAAGCUCCGAAUACUCUUUAAGGUUUUUUUACUUUUGCCUCAAUAGUAACUUGAGCGUCGUGGGAUUUCUCUGCAACAGCUGCCUCGUUCAAAUGUACCUCAAAUUCAAACAAACUCCCAAGCAACUCUACUACCUCAUCGCAUCCUACAUCUUUCUUUUCCCCAUACUCUCAACAUAUGCGUAUGAUGAGUUGGUGUUGAGUAGGUGGAAUGUGUUGGUAUUUGUGUUACAAGUAGUCUUGGGAAUCCCAUUCGCCUACACCGUUAAACACUUUUACACCAAUAAAUUCAAAUCCCCCAAAUAAUUCUUUCACCAACAAUUUAUAUUUUAUAAUAUUUUAUUAUUUUUA